AUGCCAUCGUCUCAUUUGAUCGAAAAGCUCAAGUUUGGAGAAAAGUAUAUUCUAGUGGACUUGGUAGUAAUGCCUCUAGUGUCGCUUACAGAGAGUGAAAAUCAAAAAGAAUACGAGCAUGCAGCACAGAAUAAAUAUUUGACCCGCGAUGUCUGGCAGUCGUUUGUCUACAGAAAACUCUAUGAACUAUUCCGCAAGCAUUUGGCUGAGCAUGAUAAAGAUAACGAUCGUCUGUUUCAGGUGAAUAAGGAAUACCGCUUGCACUAUGCUGAGCGCCCGUAUCUACAAAUGAAAUAUGCAUUCCGCGAUAAAACGUACCGUAACAAUCUGAACAUUAUUUUCAAAGAGAAGCUUUCCAGCUUACACAAUAAUUGUAUUUACGUUGAGAUCAGCGAUCAAGGUCGCAUCGUUUUUGAUAGAGUGGAAGAUCGUGAUAAAACUGUGUUAAGGUUGCUGAAAGAAAUCGAUGAAUUGAAGCAGGAAAAGUCCAAAAUUGCCACGGAAGCAAUCGAAAAAACACAAUUCCGUAGCACACAACCUGGGACAGAGAUCGAAGAAUAUCACCCAGAGCCGAUAAAGAAGACACCUAAAAGUAACGUUGAAGAAUAUGUACCCGUCACACGAAAUGGUCUCACGCCUGGUAUGAAGAGAACCUACAAACCGUCAAAAAUAGUAAACCCCACUAUCAAGCCACUGGCACUGUUAGAACCGGACCCCUAUACGCCUGGUUCUACAAUUGUGUCCCCAAAGGUGUCUUAUAUUCCUUCACCUAGUCCAAACAGCAAACCUGAUCCUCACAAGAAACUCCCAAAGGCUGUUAAAGUCGAACGAAAUCUAUUCGGUUCCGAUGAUGAUGAAUAUGACCCGGCUAGUGCUACUGUGGCUUCUAAACUUGCGAGAAAAGAUAACAUCGUGAACGACAGCUCGAAAGAUAUAUUUAGCGAUGGAGAACAAAAUUCCAUGAAUGAUGAUGAAGGGAAAAGACAACCAUCGGACUCCGAAAAGUGUGCUCCUUCUGGCGUGAUGAAGCGUGAACAGUUGCCUCGGAACAGCAAGCUAAAUUCACGCCCAUUGAUGUCGGAAACUCCGGAGGAAAAAGAAAAACAAAAGGUAAAGAGUAUCAAGAAAACUAGAGUUUUAAAAACGGAGGAAAAUUUGAAUUCACUUCUUAAACAGAAAAAUGGUAUUCGCAAGAGGAUUGGUUCAAAAAAGGAAGGUUUCCUAGGAAAACAAGAGAAAUUGACUGAAAUAGCAUCGGAGUUGAAACGAUUGUCAAAGGACAGAGUACUCGACUGUACGAGUUUGUCGAAAGAAGAAAUUCUAGACACAUUCCAACGAUACAGGCAGGAAUUAGAAGACAUUUUUAUGCGAUUCAAGGAUAAGACGGAACGCCAAUGGAAAUCUUCCAGCGAGCUGUGCUACUUUACCGACCUAGGGAAUAUUUUAGAUGAUGAACAGAAAUUUAUAAUGUUACAACAUUUAGAAGAUGAGUUCGUGGAAUCGCAGGAGCGAGGAAAGUAUACCGAAUUUUUCACUUCGUCUUUGUUGAUGGAAUGGGGGCUACGCAUCUUCAUGGACAGGCACCAGUUCGAAAGUCGCCAGUCGGCAUUGGAGCGCAUCAAACAACAGGAGAGAUCCUAUCUUGCAUCUCUUCCAAACGAUUUUCUGAUGAAAUAUCCAUAGCGUGCGUGAAGUUGUGCGUAUUAGCGAACGCCACUGCUACAACGUAUGGACAUGAUGUUUGCCCCGUGAACGUUAUUUUUAUUGAACA